AUGAAUGAGAAACCCAUUGAUGCGACGACUACUGUGGACGACGAUGAUACUACUAGUACCGAUAAGAACACGAAGAAUGACCACCAAUCAUUAUUAUUCAAAUGUCCACUCUGUGAUGAAGCUCCUGUCAUUAAUGAGACAUGCCCCGGUUCCUGUGGCAGUUUGGAAGGAAUGAUGGUCUAUGAUCCACAACAACAGCAACAACAACGCAAGAAGAGUAGUCGCACCUUUGGAUUCGAUUGGGCCAAUGGCUAUGUGGCCCCCUUUUUGGGCAUUCAUCGGUCCGCCGUGAAAGAAGCAUUGGAGGCUGCUGACAUUGCAGGCAACGAUACCAUGGUCGAUUUGGGAUGUGGGGAUGGUCGAAUUUGUCACCUGGCAUGGGCCAUGGGUGCUGCCCGAGCCGUGGGAUACGAUUUGGACGAGUCCUUGAUUGCCAUUGCCAAAAGUGAAAGGGAAGGAAUACUGGAUACUGAAACUAAUGUUAGUCACUUGGACAUGAGGAAUACUUCCAAAGAAGAAAGAGAAGUGUCCAGAACGGCAUCCUUUCAUAUUGCAAAUCUAUUUGAGGUGGACUUGGAACCAUUUUCCAUCAUUACCAUGUUUCUAUUGCCGGAAACGACCGACAAGCUUGUUCCCACACUUUCUCAAGCACUUCGAUCAAAGAAAUUGAAUGUAAGAAUCAUUGCCUUUGGAUGGCCCAUUCCAGGAUUGGGCAAUGCAGCGGCCAAGUACACCAACAAGACUGGGAGUCUUCUGGACAAGUGGUAUCUAUAUACCAAUACUACUCUACCAGGUACCAAUCCUCCUAAAUUUGUUCAGCGAGUUAAUAUCAAGGAGGAAGAGGCUGUCAUGUAA